GCUCCGGACGCGCAGACCCAGCGGCCAUGGCUCACGGGCCCAGCCGCUCCGCGGCAUGUGGGAUCCUCCCGGACUGGGGCACGAACCCGCGUCCCCUGCAUCGGCAGGCGGACUCUCAACCACUGCGCCACCAGGGAAGCCCAGGAUCAUAUAUCUUUAAGAUGAGGAUUGCCACAGCAGUGAAGUUUCUACAGAAUUCUCGGGUCCGCCAUAGCCCACUUGCAACCAGGAGAGCAUUCCUUAAGAAGAAAGGGCUGACGGAUGAAGAGAUUGAUUUGGCUUUCCAGCAGUCGGGCACGGCUGCCGAUGAGCCUGCGUCCUUGGGCCCAGCCACACAGGUGGUUCCUGUCCAGCCCCCUCACCUCAUUUCGCAGCCAUAUAGCCCUGCGGGUUCCCGGUGGAGAGAUUACAGCGCCUUGGCCAUCAUCAUGGCAGGGAUAGCGUUUGGCUUUCACCAGCUCUACAAGAAAUACCUGCUCCCCCUCAUCAUGGGCGGCCGGGAGGACAGGAAGCAACUGGAGAGGAUGGAGGCGAGUCUCUCAGAGCUGAGUGGCAGCGUGGCACAGACAGUGACUCAGUUACAGAUGACUUUAGCCUCUGUCCAGGAGCUGCUGAUUCAGCAGCAGCAGAAAGUCCAGGAGCUCGCCCACGAGCUGGCCACAGCCAAGGCCACCACUUCCACCAACUGGAUCCUGGAGUCCCAGAACAUCAAUGAACUCAAGUCGGAAAUUAACUCCUUGAAAGGGCUUCUUUUAAAUCGGAGGCAGUUCCCCCCUUCCCCGUCGGCCCCGAAGAUCCCCUCCUGGCAGAUCCCGGUCAAGUCCCCGUCACCCUCCAGCCCCGCGGCCGUGAACCACCACAGCAGCAGUGACAUCUCGCCCGUCAGCAACGAGUCCACGUCGUCCUCGCCCGUGAAGGAGGGCCACAGCCCUGAGGGCUCCACGGCCACGUACCACCUGCUGGGCCCCCAGGAGGAGGGCGAGGGGGUGGUGGACGUCAAGGGCCAGGUGAGGAUGGAGGUGCAGGGCGAGGAGGAGAAGAGAGGGGACGAGGACGACGAGGAGGACGAGGACGUGAGCCGCGUGGACGAGGAGGACCGCCUGGGGGUGCAGAGGGAGGACCGCCGGGGUGGGGACGGGCAGAUCAACGAGCAGGUGGAGAAGCUGCGGCGGCCCGAGGGCGCCAGCAACGAAAGCGAACGGGACUAGGUGGCCGGGGUCCUGGUCCAGGUGCAGGACGUGGCCUUGAGCUGGGCGGGGGCAGGGCUUCCGCAGCCUCGCCGGCCUGGGCGGCGUGAGGGCCGAAGCGUGUCCACCCCGCCCACCGCAGACAGACAGGCCUCUGACCUUGUUCUCAUGUCGGGCCGAGGGCUCCGAACUCUCUGGGCGCAAGCCCCCCCAGCCCCCUCCCAGGCAGACGUCCCGUCCAGGGGUGUCUGCUGGGUGUCUUAGCCAACCUAACGCCGUGCAUGACAAGAGGUAGUUUUAUUACCUGACUCCUGACCCUCUGGAGGAGGAGCCGCGGGGCCUGGCGUCUGCCGUCCCUUCCCUCCGCCCCGGCUCCCUCACUGCUUCUCACCAGUGACCAAGGGGGCCGCACUCUCGUGAUCCCCAAAGCAAUGGCCCUGCGCUUCCCUCUGGGCGGGGCCUCCCAGGCCCCCCAGGCCCCCCAGCCAGUCCCUGCCCAGACGAUGCCAACCUUGUGUGCCCGUCGCAGCUGCAGCCUGGUCGUCCGCCACCCACGACAUCACGCUGCUCCCGACCGUUCGCUUGCCGCAUCGUGGCUCAGCUACUGCCGUGGUGAGAUGUGGUCCCACCUCCACUAGGAGCCAGGCACAGGGUCUUCCUGUCUGUCCCCUGCCCCGCCCUGCCCCCCAAACAUGUGUUCUUUUGUGUGAUCAGGUAUAGGUUUCAGAAUAUAAGAUACGACUGUAUAUAAUUGUAAUAAAUAUGAGUUGCCACUAUUUAAUUCCUGCCUGUGGCUUCCUGUCUGCUCACGGCACCCCGUGCCCAGGGGUGGAUCUCGGCCAAGGCUGCGCCAGGUGGGCCCAGGGAGGGGCCGCGGGGGCGGCGCCCGGCAGCCCUGCGGUGGGCCUGAUGGGGGCAGCCCCUGCUUCCCUCGGCCAGUCUCUCCCCUAAGGCAGGUGUCGCAGCCGCUCACCCACAGCUGGAGGGUCUCAUCCUCGGUCCCGAGUGGCUGCCGGAGGGCGACGUUCUGAUCCAGGAGGAAGGGACCUCACGCUACUGUAUAUAGACCUGGUGUGGAGUGUGAUGAGCUCACCUUCCUUAAAUGGAUGCAUGUGCUCCCAGGAGAGUGUGUCUCGUUCCCUCGUCCUCCCCCGUCUCGUCUCCCUCUCACCCUCCCUGUCUCCCUUUACCCUUCACACAGCAUUUAGCUAAACCCAGAAAAACAGCACGGGACGCUCCUUCCCGGGAGCACUCGGCUCCCUCGAGCCCCCAGUGCUGUGGCCCAGUGUGCGGGGGUCAGAGGGCCUGGUCCUGUCCGGUGCCUCGUGUAGACACGGGCUUUGGAGACAAAGUGCAGGCACCCCGGCCACCGCGGAGGUGGAGCUGCAGCGGGUAUGUACCCCCCGGGGAGGCCUCGGCCUCCUGAGCGCAGCGCUGGCCUCCCACCCGCCUGGCCCUGGGGAGGGAGGAAGCUGCUGGCCGAGGGUGAGAGACUUGGCAUGGGGGCUGUUUUGUCUCAGAAAACAUUUCCCCUCCUGCCCAGGCCCCUUUUUUGGGCUCCCAUGGUAAACUCCUUCCUGCCUCUCAGGCAGGGGGCCCUCGCCCUGACACUCUGAGUAUCCGGCCCUUCAGCCUGGUUUCCCAGGUUUUGUCUUUGAUGCUCAUAACCUCACGUGAUGUCCCGGCUCAUGCUCCCUAGGGACAAGCAGAGACCCCCCCACACACACACCCUGCUGUUGAGUCACCUCUGCCUCUUGCCAUCCCCGAAGAAGCCAGGUUUCUCCAUCCCCAGGGGCUCCCAGCCUGGUCUGGACGAGGAGCCCAGCGCCCGGGAGCCAGGCAGGCAGACGGACUGGGAUGACAGGCAGAGAGAGGGCUGGUGGCUCGGUUGGAAGCACCCCUGGGCCUCGGGGGCCGGAGAUGGGGUUUCCCCGCUCUGCCCUCCUCGGGGAAUGGAAGCCUGGGUCCCGCGUGGGCCGUCUCAGGGUGUCCCCUUCUACUUGGUGACUGUUUCUUGCGGCCUCUAACUUUGCAGAGGUCCCUCCUGCAGUGGGACCAGACUGGGGCCGGGGCCAGGGGGGAGGGGGGCAGAGGGCAGAUAGCCUGGGACGGAGACGCAGCCAGAGCUGCUAGCGCAGGGCAGCGGGCACUCGGGGGACCUUGUGGGGUAUGUCUUCCCCAACCUGGGGGGUCGGUUGUCUCGCAGGUCCCCGGACUCACUGCGGGAGAAAGGGAUGAAAACCUGGGCCGGGGGCCUUUUGCCCUGCGGGUCCUGAGCGCCCGAUUUCAGCUUUUGAGGACAGAGAGUCUGGCGCGAUUCCAGGGAGGGAAAAACCCCUCCCCAAACGGCGUGAGUGCUGCCUAAUAAAGGCAGCUGCUGGACGGAGGGAAAACAGCCCUUUGAAAAAAAAAGCCUUUCAUUAGAAAAAUAAUGCAUUUCAUCCAAAUAAGGUAAAAAUAUUUGGAAUGGGGCAGAAGUGAGCAGCAGGCAGCGCCUGUCAGGCCCUUUCUGGAAGGGGGAAGAUUAUUAAACUCAAUUACAAAGUAUUUUUGUAAAGUGUCUUUAAGAAAGAACUCUCCCAGCGCUCAGAGGCUGCAGGACGGCCCUCCGGCCCCCGAGGGCUCCCAGCUGGCCCCGGGAGGUCCGCGGGCUCUGCCUUGGGCAGGGCCCUCCCUCAGGCAGCCCCAGCUGCCCUGCUCUAAGCGACGCCCCGGAGUGCAGCGGGCGAGGCUGCUGCUCUACCUGCACAGCCGGGUCGGCCUCCUUCCGCAGGAGCCGGGUGGUCGGUGUCCUGCGACACCCUGGCGGGGAAGGGCAGCAUUGUGGGUCGGGGGAAAGGGAUGCUGAGUUUGUAAAUGGUCUCUUUUUUCAUACCGUGGGCGCACAUAUCAGCUGUUUAAAACAUCCAGUCGCUAUUGAAGGGGCUAGAGGAUACAGAAUUCCUCUCCCACCUCCACUCGGUUCACAGGUGUGCACACGUCGUCUCUCUUAAUAAAAACGGGAAGUUCCUCUUCAGUGUUGUGUGACUUGCCUGUCUCACUGAAAGUGAAGCGUGUGUCCUCGGGGGGCUCACCAGGUGGGAGGAGAGGGGUUCUCUAGGAGGCGCCUCUCCUGGCCUCCCCCUGUGCUCAGCCAGGGCAGCGAGGUGCUGGUCCUCGGCCUGGCCCAGGACCUCCCUCUCUUCUGGUGACUGUCCCUUCCUGCCCCAGGCUCAGCUUCUACCCCAGCCUCACCCCGCCUCACACCGCCCCUGCCCCAGACCCAGACCGGUUCUGCCCGAGGCGGAGGGAGAGCCGGCAGGAGACUGGCCGACAACCUGAUUCUCAGGACUUUACUUAAUCCUUAGUGUUUCUUCGUCUGUUUGCUUAAAGUUGCUUCUGCCAAGGCACCCAGAGAAGAGGGUCAGAGUCUCCACACAAAGCAGGCAAGGAGAUGCCAGUGAAACCCCAAAGGUUGCCGUGGCUCCAGCUCACCUGAGGGUGGACCCAGUCCUGGCUGACCCCUCCCUGCCCGGACACCUCCCUGGCCCCUGCUCCUUCAGGCUGCACAGGUGUUUCCCACCCCGGGGAUUGGCCACCCCCCGCCAGGGACAGACACCUCCAGGGUGCCCGCGGUGCUGGUGGGUGACUGCCACGUUCUCCACCGAGAGCUGGCACGUCCUCACCCCCCCCCCCACCUCCGGCUCCCCAGCCCCGCCCUGGGCUCCAGGCACACGCUCUAACUCAGAGAGGAGUUUAAAUCUCCAGCCGAGUGUCGAGUGUCCUGUCGAGUGUCGUGUGUCGUGUCGGGCGCUUUUCCCUGAAUGGUGAACAAACCUUAAUAGUUUACUUCCAUCAAGCACUUUAAAGCUCACACUGCUCUGGAAGAGGAGAUGAGAUUUUAUUAUCACUUCAUGAGGACGCCUGCAGCCUUUCCUUGCCCAACAGAUCCUGGGAGGAUCUUCUUUAUAGUGAAGAGGUCACAUUUUAAAACACAUCUUGGAAACUCAGGUGCCCAGCCCUCCACGUCCCGGCCCAGCAGCUCUGGGAGGAUGUUUCCAAGGGCAUUAGUUCCAGGGCGCCCUGUAGAUCCAGGGUGUGGCAGCCAGGCCUCAGGGAGGCUCUGGGCAGGGCCUUGGGGCCCUUUGAUGGGGAAAAAGCCUUGGACUCUCCGAGGUCCCGGUGUCUCCCCCGACUGGCGUGGGUGCAGGGCUCACAGGAAGAGAAGCCGCUGGGUCUGGCCCUGCACUGGCUGUGCACCCCUAGGAGGCGCUUCCUGUCUGCCCCCAUGCAGAGGGUGGGGCGGCUCCUCCCGGCGAGGGUGGCACAGGUCUGGCCCUGUUCAAUCCCGGCAAGGUCCCCAGGACUCCAGCUGGUCCGAGGGCCCUGCUUCCUGGAGGCCUUCCUGGGGGCAGCAGCACUUCCACUACCUCUGUGCCCUGGGCCAAGGCCGCCUCUCAUGGAGGCGAGCAGAUCGACAGGCUGUCUGUGCCCCGGGUGAUGGGACAUGCGGUCCACGCCCCCCGGAGGGCACUGCCCUGGUGUGGUGGGUCCAGGUGGGUUGUGAAUGCCGAGGCCCAACUCCCUUGGGUGACUCAGCUGCUGGUCGCACCCAAGCCGGACCAGGUGUGUGGGAGGUGGGCAGGCGACUGAGCUCAGCGCAAGCCUGUGCGCGGAUUCAGGCUCUCUCCAGGAGGUUGCCAAACUCUUGAAUUUGCCCCAGUUGGGGUGUAGGAGCAUCACACCACCACAGCUAAUUAAAUUCCGGAGUGAAAACAUGUUUUACCGCGAUUCCUACCAAGCCCAACAAGCCACAGGGAGCAAGCACAGUGCGGCCUGGGCCACUCCGCACCCCUGGGGUGGGGCACGCCGCCUCUGCGGGCCCCGCCCUCCUGGGGUCGCAGUGGGCUCCAGGGACACGGUCUCAGUGGGCAGUGCCUGGGACUGAGAGCUAUGGGCUGGCCUGCGUGCAGCGUGCUUACAUGUCACAGGCCCUCAUCUCCCUGAGGCUCGACUGAGGGCUGCCCUGAGACCCAGCGCCCCCUUCCCUGGGCCCCGUCCUGUCCUGAGCCGAGCCUGGAAGCUGGCCCUGCCCUCAGCUAAGCUGGGCCUCUUGUUUACCACGUAUGGGUCCGCUGAGGUCCAUCUGGCCCCAGAAGGCCUGGGGGCCGCUGGGAAGGGGACAGUCUUGGGGGUCUCCCCGGCCCUGCAGCAGUGCCCAGAGGGAGCCCUGUGUUAGCACCACCCACCCAGCCAGUGGCGGCGGAGGGCUGCGCUCUGGGCCUGGCUCCCUGCCUCCCCUCAGGCCCUGCGGGAGGGCCUGGGAAGCUCCAGUAAUGGUUUUAAUUUGUUGAACUUGUGUUUUAUCCCAUAAAUUAGUCACUGUUUUAUUUAACAGAAUCGAGAUAUCCACAAACAAUAGGCGAGUUCCAACUUGAACAUUUUAAUGAGACAGAAAAAAGUAUAUAUGUUCGCGUCUGUUACAAACGUAUUUAUGUAAAUAGCCUGUGGGCUGCGUGCCAGGAGGAAAGAAGAAAGGCAAGGGCCCUCUGUGCUGGGGGGGCCUGGGUUAGAAAAGAGGCUUUUGUGGUGGAAAUGACAUUGAGCAGGGCCCCGGGGGAGCAGUGCAGCCCCUGCACCCGCUCGCGCCCCCUGCUGUCCCGGCGGUGACACCUGGGGCGCCGCUGGUGGGACUUCACCUCCCCAGCCCCUCGGUCCCUCCCCAGGAAAAAGGGGUGUGCUCCUUGCAGGGAUGUGACAUCCAGUGAGAUGCUCCGCGAGGCGGUGGAGCGUGCAGGGCCCAGCACACACAUCUCCUCCCCAGAGCCCUGGGCCACCUGGCCACCUGGAAGGAGGUUAGCUCAGGGCAAGGCUGGCAAGCUGGCACAGAUGAGGAGGUUUACUGAGGAGGGCGUCACCAUCUAGAAGCGUCAGGGCAGAUGUGCGGCCUGCACUCUGGACGGGGCCUGGCCGUAGUGCUCGAGCCACCCAUGCUUCUGAGGGAGCCCCAGCCGUGGUGCCACCGGGCUCGGCAACUCGGGCAGGCCUGGGGCUGGUGGCUACGGACCCAGGAAUUGGCCCCCGCUGGCUCUGCCCCUGCGUGCUCCGGGCAGGAGCCGAGCCAGCAUCCGGAUCGGAUCCGGGUACACGCCGUUCCCAGCCCGGGCAGGUCCCUGCAGGAAGGAGGAAGGAGCCGAGGGAGGAGGCAGAGGGAUGACCCUUGCCAAACGCCUGCCCAGUAGCCCUGGCUGCGCCGGGAGAGAGCCGGCCAGGCUGGGGGCCUCUGGAGCCCUUGCCGGAGGCCUGAGGCGUCUGUGCCAGGCGGCUCCUGAGCCUCUGUGGGGCCUUCAGGCGGGGCUGAGGUGGGAGGCCGGGCGGGGCCCAAGCCCCCCACCAUCUGUCCAGGAGGACGUGGCCCCCUCCCAGGGGUGAGCCCGGUCUGCCCCCUUCCCUGCCAGGGCUGAAGGGUGACCGACACCCUCCCUGCCUUGGCACAUGGAGCCCGGCUGGCCAUGGUGGCCCUGCCACCCUGCACAGCUGGGUCCCCGCCAGCCGCUCAGGACUGACUUUAAAAAUAAAAGAUAACUUGAUAGAUUUUUUUUCCAGUUUUUAUUGAGUGAAAAUGUCAAACCUUGCAUCAGUCAUGCAAAAAAAAAAAAUCAAAUAAAUAAAACACAUAUAUUAAAUUUCUAAUAGCACUAAAUUCAAGUGGAAAAAUAUUCAGUUCUUAAUAACCAGGUGCCGAGGAGACCAGAUUCAAGUAAUCAGAGCACACGCUGUUCAGUUCGGUUUUCACGUUCUGCGUUUUCGUCUCAAAACCUCUCUAUAUAUCUCUAUAUAUCUAUAUAUGUAUAUACAUAUAGAUAUAUACACACAUAUGUGCAUACAUAUUAUUUUAUAUUUAUAUAUAUACACAUACAUAGUUAUAAAACAUUAAAAAGAGCAUUGGUGGAUCAAGCAUUGUUUUCCCCACAGAAAGAAAAUAAAACAAAAAUUACACAUUAAAAUUCAAAAUGAGCUAGCAAUGGCUUAUAGUCCUAGUGUGCAAUAUGAAGGUUACAAAAGGCUAGACUUCGCACUGUCGGCAUCUUCUUUUUUUCUUUUUUCUUUUUUUUGUUUGAUUUUGCUACAUUGAAAAAAAAAUUUUUUUUUUUCCUUUACAAAACUCCUUCCACAGACUCCCCGGUUCUGUGGUCGGGCACAAAGUCUGGGCGAAUGCUCAGCAGCAGCACGUGGUGCCCACAGAAUUCAGGAGGCUCUGGUAGGGGCUGUUCUAGAAAACCAUUUGUUUCCUGUUGAAUCAGGUACACUCCUUCCGACCACUCCUCCCUCCUGCUCCCUCUCCAGUUCAGAUGGUCCUGGCUUUCUGGCUGUGGGCAGCCAAGAGGACCAAAAAAAAAAAAAAAAAAAAAAGAAAAGAAAAAAGAAAGAAAGAAAAAAAAAGUAAA